ACACACACACUGGGUACUGUGAAGUGUAUUUAUUAAAAAAGCUGCUCUUCGGCGGUCAGAAUAUAUAAGUAUAUAAAAUCCACCUAACAGUUUUUUGUGUAAAACACCCUUUUCCAAAAUUAAUCUCUUUUUAUCUCUCUUUUCUGUAUCCCCUUCCUGAGACUCAAUCCAUCCGUGCCCUAGAUCCACAACCAUGCUUUCUCCUCCACCCACUUUCUGUACUACUCUCACUUCAACAUUCGUUUCUAGCUCUUCUCUUUUGAACCUAUUGGCACAAUUUUAGUGGCUGUACAUUUUGUACUCUGUGUAUAUUACCUGUUUUCUUGGUUUUCCUUUGGUUCUUUGAAUGACUGGUUAUGUAUGAGUCUAAUGUUCUUGUUUAAAGCUGCUUGUUUUUAUUUUGACAAGUGAUUGUAUUAACUGAGAAGUAGUGUUUUCUUGAAAUGAAGAGGUUUAUUGGCUAAAAAAUUUGAUUUUGGGAGGUGGGGUUGCUCUGUAGUAAUUGGAAAGUGUGUGAUCUUGAUAUUGAAGAGGAUUUUAUUGGCAAAAAGAUUUGAUUUUGGGAGGUGGGGUUGCUUUAAUUUUGCUAAGUGGUUGGUCCCUAGUAAUUGGAACGCGAGUUUUGUUGAAAAUGAGGAGGUUUAUUAGUGAAAAGAUGUGAUUUUGGGAGGUGGGGUUGAAGUGUUUGGUGCUUUUUAGUGUGAUAUUUGGGAUGGGGUGUGUUUGUGGUAAGCCCUCUGCCAUUGAAGACAGUAGAGAUAGUCCAAGGGACAGGUUGUCAAGUAAAAAUGCUGCAACUUUGAGAGGGCCAAGGGCUGGUUCAUCAAGAAGGGAGGACGCAGCUUAUAGGGUUAAAGAUCGCUUGGAUAGCAUUGAUGGGAAGGCAAUGCUGAUUGAUAAACAAGUAAAUGGUUCUGUAAGAUUGCAGGGUGAUAAUUAUGAGAGGAAAAGGGAGAAGCAAGAGUUUAUUGUUGCUACACAUCAUCCUGGAAUUGGGAUAUUACCUAAAGGGAGUGAAGGGGAACAGGUUGCUGCUGGAUGGCCACCUUGGCUUGCUGCUGUUGCUGGUGAAGCUAUCAGAGGAUGGGUGCCGAGGCGAGCUGAUUCUUUUGAGAAGUUGGAUAAAAUUGGUCAGGGCACCUACAGCAAUGUUUACCGUGCUCGUGAUCUUGAUCAAGGGAAGAUCGUCGCUUUGAAGAAAGUGAGAUUUGAUAACCUAGAACCUGAGAGUGUUCGGUUCAUGGCGAGGGAGAUUCACAUACUACGGAGGCUUGAUCAUCCAAACAUAAUAAAAUUAGAAGGUUUAGUUACUUCUAGGAUGUCUUGCAGCCUAUACCUUGUAUUUGAGUACAUGGAGCAUGAUUUGGCAGGGCUAGCGUCACACCCUGGUCUUAAGUUUACUGAGUCACAGGUCAAAUGUUACAUGCAGCAACUUUUACGUGGACUUGAUCAUUGUCACAGUCGUGGUGUUCUACAUCGUGAUAUAAAAGGCUCCAACCUUUUAAUUGACAAUAAUGGCAUAUUGAAGAUUGCUGAUUUUGGUCUUGCUAGCUUUUUCGAUCCGCAUCAAAGCCAGCCUCUCACUAGCCGUGUAGUGACUCUCUGGUAUCGGCCUCCUGAACUGCUACUCGGUGCUACUUACUAUGGGACUGCUGUGGAUUUGUGGAGCACUGGUUGCAUACUUGCGGAACUUUAUGCUGGCAAGCCGAUAAUGCCUGGGAGAACAGAGGUUGAGCAGCUUCAUAAGAUCUUCAAACUGUGUGGAUCACCUUCUGAGGAGUACUGGAGGAAAUCGAGGUUGCCCCAUGCAACAAUCUUCAAGCCCCAACAACCUUAUCGGCGUUGUGUUGCGGAAACAUUUAAAGAGUUUCCUGCACCAGCACUAGCACUCAUAGAAACCUUACUUUCCAUAGAUCCUGCCGAUCGUGGGUCAUCAGCCUCUGCCUUGAAGAGUGAGUUCUUUACAACAAAGCCGCUCCCUUGUGAUCCUUUGAGCUUGCCAAAAUAUCCUCCGAGCAAGGAAUUUGAUGCUAAAGUGCGGGAUGAAGAAGCUCGAAGGCAAGCGGCAGCUGGAAACAAGGGUCCCAGAUAUGACCUAGAAAGGAGAGGAACAAGAGAAUCGCGUGCAGUCCCUGCACCCGAAGCCAAUGCUGAAUUAGUUUCGUCUAUGCAGAAAAGGCAAGGUCAAUCCAAUUCAAAAAGCAGAAGUGAGAUGUUCAACUCUCAUCAGGAAGAAGUUGCAUCUGGUUUUCCAAUUGAUCCCCCUCGACCAUCUCAGGUUGUGGAAGAAGCAAGCAAUGAUCCUCAGGCGCAGCUGCAUAAGCGAGGUUCACAUUCCGGGCCAUUGGCUCACCGAGCUGCCUGGGCAAAAGCUGGAAAGAAUAUGGAAGAUGCCCCGAAACUCUCUGUUGCGGAUUUGUCAGCUAUGUCCGGUCUAGUCGCUGCAAGGAGAAGCAUGUUCUCUGAAGACCGGCCAGACAAGUCUGGUCCACAUAAACAAGAGGCUCCUAAACUUAUAGCCAGGUUUCCUGGAUCAUUCAAAGAGGUUUCACAUUCCGCGAUGAAACAAGAGCAGAAAACUCAUUCACUUGCGAGCUCACAUCAAAAUGAGGACGGUAGAACUAGCAACAAUGAUCCUGUUCUUCUGGGAUAUGGAUCAAAAGGCAACAAAAUUCACUAUUCUGGGCCACUACUAGUUCCAUCAGGCAAAAUGGAUCAGAUGUUGAAAGAUCACGAUCGCCAUGUCCAAGAAGCUGUAAGACGGGCACGCUUGGACAAGGCAAAAGCUAAGAAAAUUCAGAUUGAAGGGAACCAAUUAUCAGCCAAUUCAUUAUUUGUUUCUGGCCGUUGACUUUCUACUGCAAGCGAAGCGGCUAAGAACAGCGAAAAAAGAGAAGCGACUAUAGAAAAUCAUAGUUAGUAGUACUUAUUAUCUUGUAAAAUGAGUUAAUUUGAAAAGGGUGAGGGGAAUUUGUAUAGAGGUUGUUUAAGGAUAGCAUGGGGCGGUUUUUAGCCAUUUGUAGAAGAAUUUAUUAGGAAAAUCUCAUGUUCUUCUGCUAUUAAAAUAUCUUACUCUUUCUAGACA